UUAAGUUGGGGAUUGUACAUGUAUUCAUAUCUCAGUGAGAGUGGGUCAUAAGCGUGAAGGCAGCUCAAAUGUUACUAUAGGCUGAACACCUACCUGCUUACUCCUCCCUCCUUGUCCUGCACAGGUAUAAAAAAAGCAGGUGUACAUCUGUCCUUUGGUGAAAGGUGCACGGACAUCCAAGAGACAAACUUACAUCCUUAAAAGAAACCCUCCACCAGCGAACCAGACAUCAUGGCACAUCAUAAACACCCGUUAAGUGGGCCAGUCUACAGGCAGACCACCCCUAUGCCAGAGGAUACACCAAAGGUCAAGGGCUACGACUUCAACCAGGGAGUGGACCACGGUGCCCUGCUGAAGACUUACUACAACACAGGCUUGCAGGCCACUAGUGUUGGCAGGGCUAUCAAGGAGAUCAACAAGAUGAUUGAGAGGCGUCAGCAACCGCUGAAGAUGGAGAACGGACAUAUUGAGGAAGAUCCAUCAAACUGCCCCUGCCUCCAGAGCUGCACCAUCUUCCUCAGUUACACCUCAAACCUCAUCAGCAGUGGCAUCAGGGAGACUAUCCGCUACCUGGCAGAACACAAAAUGGUGGACAUCUUGGUGACCACAGCUGGAGGUAUAGAGGAGGAUCUGAUCAAGUGUUUAGGUCCGGUUUACGUUGGAGACUUUACUAUGUCUGGCAAGGAUCUGUACAAGAAAGGCCAUAACAGGAAUGGAAACACUCUGAUGCCUGAGGAAAACUAUGUUAAAUUUGACGAAUGGAUGACGCCGAUCUUGAAGCAAAUGAUGGAGGAGCAGAACACUCAGGGCACCAACUGGACUCCAUCUAGGGUGAUCCAUCGGCUGGGCAAGGAGAUCGACAACCCUGAAUCUGUUUAUUACUGGGCCUACAAGAACAACAUCCCGGUGUUCUGCCCCGCCCUGACAGACGGUGCUAUUGGAGACAUGUUCUACCUCUUUUCAGAAGACAACCCCGGCUUGAGAGUGGACAUAGUUGAAGAUAUCUCAAAGUUGAACAACCUUGUAGCCGCUGCCAACAGCACAGGGAUUAUCAUCCUGGGAGGAGGUGUAUCCAAACACCACGUAUGCAAUGCCAAUGCAUGGAGGAACGGCGCUGACUAUGCAGUGUAUGUGACCACGGCUCAGGAGUUUGAUGGUUGUGACUCAGGAGCCAGUCCUGACGAGGCUGUGUCCUGGGGCAAGAUCAGAGCAGACGCUAAACCUGUGAAGGUGUUUGCAGAAGCUUCCAUCAUUUUCCCCUUGAUGGUAGCAGAGACCUUUGCAGUCCAUGCUGAGAAGAAGAAAGCUGGCGACAAAAUCUGCUGA